AUGACUUCCAAACUCGCCCAGAACCUUAAGCAGCCGGCUUUGGACUUCUUGUCCUUUGUCAAUGCCUCGCCCACCCGUACUGUCCCCGUCCCUGUCGCUCUGCUCGUUUACCUGCUUGCCAAGGCUGGUUUCCAGGAAAUAAAGGAAAAAGAUUCCUGGGCCUCCACGUGUCGGCCUGGCGGAAAAUACUACUUGACCCGCAACCACUCGACCAUUGUCGCUUUUGCUGUCGGUAAGAAAUGGAAGCCUGGAAACUCGAUCUCCAUGAUCGGUGCCCACACGGACUCUCCCGUCUUGAGGAUCAAGCCGGUGAGCAACAAGUGCGGGGAAGGGUUCGUCCAGGUUGGCGUUGAGACCUACGGAGGUGGCAUCUGGCACACAUGGUUCGAUCGUGACUUGGGUGUUGCCGGUCGGGCUAUGGUCCGCACUGGUGAUGGCUCCAUCACCCAGAAGUUGAUCAAGAUUGACCGCCCCAUUCUCCGAAUCCCGACUCUAGCCAUCCAUUUAGAUCGCCAGGAGACUUUCGCCUUCAACAAGGAAACUCAGCUCUUCCCCAUUGCCGGACUUGUUGCCGCCGAGCUCAACCGCACCGGUGCUUCCAAUGACGCCAAAGACUCCAAGGCUGGCGAAGAAGAGAAGGGAAAGUUCUCUCCUCUCAAAUCGAUCACGGAGCGUCACCAUCCCUACCUUGUGGAACUCAUUGCCGCCGAAGCAGGAGUCAAGCCGCUUGACAUCCUUGAUUUCGAAAUGAUCCUGUUUGACACCCAAAAGUCUGCGCUGGGUGGACUGCUUGAGGAAUUCAUCUUCUCGCCUCGCUUGGACAACCUCAACAGCUCUUUCUGUGCCACCGUUGGCCUGAUCGAUUCGGUGGCCGAUGCGUCGGUCUUGGAUGACGAGCCUUCCAUCCGUCUCAUUGCACUCUUUGACCACGAGGAGAUUGGAAGCCGUACGGCGCAGGGUGCCGACUCCAACAUUCUGCCCGCCAUCAUCCGCCGACUUUCCGUCCUGCCCUCUUCGAACACCGAUAAUGCCAACCUGUCAACUGCCUACGAACAGACGUUGUCUACCUCCUUCCUCCUUUCCGCAGACAUGGCACAUGCGGUGCACCCCAACUACUCGGGCAAGUACGAACCCGAUCACCGGCCGGAGAUCAACAAGGGACCUGUGAUCAAGAUCAACGCCAACGCUCGUUAUGCUACCAACUCUCCCGGCAUCGCUCUACUGCAGGAAGUGGCCCGGAAGGCGGCCGAGGACGGCGGAGAGGGCGUUCCGCUGCAGCUGUUUGUCGUGCGCAACGAUUCCAGCUGCGGAAGUACUAUUGGUCCCAUGCUGUCUGCAGCUCUUGGCGCUCGUACCUUGGACCUGGGUAACCCGCAGCUGAGCAUGCACAGCAUCCGCGAGACCGGAGGUACCUACGAUGUGGCUCACUCGAUCCGGCUGUUUACCAGCUUCUUCCAGCACUAUUCUAAGACAUCUCAGACCAUCUUCGUUGAUUGA